UUUCUUGCUGAGCUCAAUGACGCUGUGCAACACUGAUCCUUUUUUGCAGUUUGUUUUGUUCGCUCAUUUUGCUUUGGGAAAAAAUCAACGUGCCCGAGAUUCCACCUUAUUGUAACGGUCAUAUAAAUUUCUACGUUAUUACAAUAAACCGGUAAAAUGCCAUCCAAGACGAAGCCGCGCCUUUCUCGUGGCGUCCUGGACAUGAAGUUCAUGCAACGCACAAAGGUCAAAGUGGAAAAAGAGGCCGAUGAUGAGCAGAGUAGGGCACUGUACUCCAAUGAGAUCAACGAGAAGAUGCUUAAUUCUACUUCAAACUUCCUGGUGGAGUCCAGCUAUUCGAUAUGCGCCGGUCUCAUUGACGGACGUCUCAGUUUCCGAGGCAUGAAUCCGGAACUGGAGCUGCUCAUGGAACAGGAGCUUGCCGAGAAGCAGGCUCACACAAAGCCAGAACAGCCCAAAGAGGUCUCUGACCAGGACAUGGCUAAGGCCUACUAUGCCAAUAAAGCGCCCACGGUCUCCAGCAGCAUGGCCAAAAAGUUCAGCUCUAAGAAGGACUUUAAAAGGAAACAAAAGGGCGAUACGAAUGGAAGUCCGCAUCCCAAGAAGAAACAGCAGUUCAAGAAACCCCGCUCGGAUGAGGAUUAGUUAACUCUUUAGUUGUUAGUUACUACCCUAGCUACUAGUUUAAUAAAAAUUACGGUUCAAUUUGA